GCCUCGGCUCUCUCGGAGCUUGGUCCUCGGCGGCUUCCGUCCGGCCGUGAGCGGGUGGGAGAGAAGACCCUGAGGCUGAGGCGGAGAAGCGGCUUCGGAGAGCUGUCUGGACAUGGAGUUCGACUGUGAGGGUGUGAGGCGGCUGCUUAGCAAGUACAAGUUCCGGGAUCUAACUGUGGAGGAACUGAAGACUGUAAAUAUGUCUUUUCCACAUUUCAGGUAUUCCAUGGACACCUAUGUUUUUAAAGAUAGCUCCCAGAAGGACCUACUGAAUUUUACUGGUACUAUUCCUGUGAUGUAUCAAGGUAAAACAUACAACAUACCAAUUCGCUUCUGGAUUUUGGAUUCCCACCCCUUUGCUCCUCCCAUUUGCUUCUUGAAGCCAACUGCAAACAUGGAAAUCUCAGUUGGAAAGCAUGUGGAUGCCAAGGGCAGGAUAUACUUACCCUACCUCCAGAACUGGAGCCAUCCUAAAUCUGUCAUUGUUGGAUUAAUUCAUGAAAUGAUUGCCAAGUUUCAAGAGGAACUUCCCCUGUACUCUGUGCCAUCAUCCGCUGAAGCCCAGCAAGUAGAUUUGCUUGCCUAUAUUGCAAAGAUCACUGAAGGUGUCUCAGAAAUCAAUUCAAAGAGGUGGACAAAUCAUAAGAAUACAAUAACCAGUAAAAUCACUGUGGUUGGAAGUGGAGAGCUGGGUAUUGCUUGCACACUAGCAAUUUCAGCAAAGGGCAUUGCAGACAAGCUGGUCCUCUUGGACCUAUCAGAAGGGACUAAACAAGGGACAAUGGACCUUGAUAUCUUCAGCCUGCCAAAUGUGGAGAUCAGCAAAGAUUUAUCUGCCUCUGCUCAUUCCAAGGUGGUGAUUCUCACGGUCAACUCUUUGGGCAAUUCUGAGUCCUACCUCGAUGCAGUGCAGAGCAAUGCAGAUGCGUUCCGAGCCCUUGUCCCAGCUCUAGGACAUUAUAGUCAACAUGCCAUCUUGCUCGUUGCAUCUCAACCAGUGGAAAUCAUGACCUAUGUGACAUGGAAGCUGAGUACAUUUUCUGCAAACCGGGUGAUUGGAAUUGGAUGCAACCUGGACUCCCAGAGACUACAGUACAUUCUUGCAAAUGUGCUGAAGGCCCAGCUUUCGGGCCAAGAAGUGUGGGUUAUUGGUGAACAGGGAGAAGACAAAGUGCCUAUAUGGAGUGGCCAAGAAGGAGUAAUGAGUCAAAGCUCUUGGACACAGCUGACUAACAGAGCGAUGGAGUUGUUGCGGGUAAAAGGUCAGAAAUCCUGGUCUGUGGGACUGUCAGUGGCUGACCUGGUGGACACAAUUGUAAGCAAUAAGAAGAAAGUGCAUUCUGUGUCCAUUUUAGCAAAGGGAUAUUAUGGUAUAACUAAUGAAGUCUUUUUAAGUUUGCCUUCUAUCCUUGGAGACAAUGGAGUAUCUGAAAUCAUAAGACCCACAGUGAAAGAAGACACUGUGACUGCGAAGCUGCAGUAUAGUGCGUCCUCAAUCCACAGCUUCCAGCAGCAGGUGAAGCUUUGACUCUAAUGAAGUCACCCAGAAAAGGAAAAGUCACUGAAUUCAUGAGAACUUCUGUCUUGUCACUCUCCCUUACACACUAACUUGAAGGUGGAUGGUUUCUUGGUUAACUUCAUAUCCAAAUUCUUGAGAAACUAGGUCAAGAAGGGAAAAGGUGUAAUUUUCUUUGAGGUUCUUGACAUAUCUGUGCUGUCUUUUAAACCUACAACAGGAAUAAAAAUUACUCAUCUGCAAUGCAUAUAAUUUUAAAUUGUACUAAACUAGUAAUAUCCUAAUAUGUCCUAAACUCAGCACAGCCAGCACACAUUUAAAAAAGGACUGGCAUUUGCACUGUAUAGGAGAGCUGAAAGCUUACAACGACUUUCCUGGAGAAUGUGUACCAGGUGCACAGCCAGAGAGGUGUCUUGGCUCAAGAGGUUAGUGUUCUUUUGAGAGGUGUCAUUGCUAGUAAUGACAGGUGUUCCAUUCUCUUCAGAGUUCUUAGCUACCAAAAGCUAGAACAAAUUUUAGUAUGCAUUUUAAAUUAAUAAAGUGGAAAAUAAAAGUUUUAAUAUAUGAUGGAAA